AUGGAAGAAGUUUUUGCCACUGAUGUUGUCGAGUUAGACGAUGAUGAUUGGCAGAUUCCAUACAACUUAUUCUUACAACAUCUAACUCCAAAAACUGAUCGAAAAAUAAAAAGAAAUGCAGUCGAUUAUAUACUUAUGGAUGGAGAUCUUUACAGAAGAUCGGCUGAUGAUGAAACAAUUGUUGCCAAUAAUGGAUCUGUGUUUCGAGUAGGAAAAACGUUACAAUUUGGCCAUAAUAUACAGGUAAAAAUGUUAACUUCAACACCAUACUAUGCUCAAGGGAAUGGUCAAGCCGGGGCUUCAAAUAAAGUUGUAAUUGAAAUUAUUGAGAAAAUGAUAAAGGACAAGCUAAGAUGUUGGCAUGAAACCCUUUCAGAAGCCUUGUGGGCUUAUAAAAAUUUAAAAAGGACAAGUACAGGAAUAACUCCUUAUCGGCUAACAUUUGGCCAUGAUGCUGUGUUGUCGAUGGAGUUAAAUGUAAAAUUAGCAAGGGUAGCUCUACAACACAAUCUAAUACCUGCCGAUUAUAAUGAAACUAUGCUUGCCAAGUUAGAAGACUUAGAUGAAGUUUAG